UACAGUCUGCAAUCUACCAAGUGUAGACACGACCAGCCAACCAAACGAAAGACUGUCAUCGACACGAUACUGCUCAUCCUUCUCCCUCUUACCACAAGGUCCACAGCGCAGUCAGCUCGCCUGCUCUCUGAAUAUAGUGGUUUGUAAGUGUACCUAUUUUGAGUUGUGGUGGUGGUGAAGUUUCGCGACUUUAAAUGGGUCCUAUUACGCUAGCCGCCGAUGCCAAAAGCUCUUCAGUCGCUUCAUUAGAUGCACGUGAGAGGACAAUGCGAAACUCACAGCUAGAAAGAAGACAGUCUUUUGCAUCAGUCAACGUGGGAGAAGAAAAGCCAUUUGACUUUAUUCGUACUUUCUUUGAGGGUGUUAUAGCAGGAGGUACAGCUGGUGUUGUUGUUGAGACAGCUUUAUAUCCAAUUGACACUAUAAAGACACGGCUACAGGCUGCACAUGGCGGCGCAAAAAUAAAUUUGAAGGGCCUUUAUUCUGGAUUGACUGGAAAUCUUGCUGGUGUCUUACCGGCUUCUGCUGUAUUUGUCGGUGUCUAUGAACCUGCAAAGCAGAAAUUGUUAAAGAUGUUUCCCGAAAAUCUUAGUGCUGCAGCUCAUUUUACUGCGGGGGCUAUAGGAGGCAUUGCUGCUUCUCUCAUUCGUGUUCCAACUGAGGUUGUUAAGCAAAGGAUGCAGACCGGACAAUUUACUUCAGCUCCUGAUGCUGUACGCCUUAUUGUUUCUAAGGAGGGUUUCAAAGGACUCUAUGCGGGAUAUGGAUCUUUCCUAUUACGAGAUUUACCAUUCGAUGCAAUUCAAUUUUGCAUCUAUGAACAGCUUCGGAUAGGUUACAAGGCAGCAGCAAAGAGAGAUCUAAAUGAUCCUGAGAAUGCCAUCAUUGGUGCUUUUGCUGGUGCACUAACUGGGGCUAUAACCACUCUUGAUGUGAUUAAGACAAGGCUGAUGAUUCAGGGAUCUGCAAACCAGUACAAAGGAGUAUUUGAUUGUGUUCAAACUAUCGUUAGGGAAGAAGGACCUCCUGCUCUAUUGAAGGGCAUUGGGCCAAGAGUACUGUGGAUAGGCAUAGGUGGCUCAAUCUUUUUUGGCGUCCUUGAGAGCACGAAGCGGUCCCUCGCUCAGAGGCGUCCCACGCCUCAUCAAAACUCAAAUACUAAGCAGGAUUAAAUUUUAGUGGAAUGGUAAACCUGCGUCCACAGAGAGAGAGAGAGAGAGAGAGAGAGAGUUCUCUUCAAUUUUGUUUCUAUUGUUUAGGAUCUGAGAUGUUGAAGGUACGAUAAUGACGUCUGGCUAUGGUUCCUGCCUCCAUGAUGCCACUAGUUCUCAUGCAAGUGAAAUUAGCACUGGAAUGAUAUCCGAGCUUCAUUUGUUGCUGAUUGAGAAAUAUACAAGCAUGAGAUCGGGGCGCUUGUAUUUAUCUUACUUGGGAAAAAUUACUGUUCAGGGCUUUUUCACUCUUCAAA